AUGAGCUCUUACAUAGCGCAGGUACCUGGUGAACUAAGCUUUAAAUCUGGCGAUUUUUUUUAUGUGAAUCAGCAAGUUGAUCACAACGAUACUUACGUUGAAGCGCAUGAUCCUGUGAGAAAUAUCAAGGGUAGAGUACCUGCGUCACAUUUCAAGUUUUUUGAUAAAACACACAAACCUACUGGUGAAAGUCCUUCCUCCAGUGCCAGUGCAAGCCCUAUGGUUCCAAACAAUUUCUCACCUACAACAAGCGUCAAAAAAAAGGUUUCUCCUCAGCCAUCACUUUAUGGAAGGUUACUGUACGACUUCAAAGCAGAAAGACAAGAUGAGCUUGACGUGUCAGCCGGAGACAGUAUUAUCAUUUGUGCUCACCACGAGUAUGAGUGGUUCAUAGGAAAGUUUUUUGACAAAAUAGGCGAACCUGGACUCGUUCCCGUUAGCUAUGUCCAGCUUUUCGAUAUCACAUCCAAAGUGCCGUACUCGGGUUCAGCAAAAGAUAUUAUCGACAGAGAAAGAAUACCCACUAUCGAGGAAUGGAAAGCAAUUAAGAACCGCCACAAAGCAAGCGCAAGAACAGUUGGAAUGGCUGCUCAACGAAAUGAUUUAUCUAGGUCGUCUUCCGCUAACAGAAGUCGAGCAACGGAGCCAACCCCUGCUUAUGCAAUCGACGUAAACAUAGAAUCGUUUUCUUGCACUAACGGGAAGUACUGGUACCUAGUUCGAGUGAUUUUCAAUAAUGGCGUUGUGAGAAGCCUGUGCCGCUACUACGAAGACUUUUUCAACUUCCAUCAAAAUGUCCUCAAUACUUGGCCUAAAGAAGGAGGAAAGUUUGACACCAAGGAUAAGAGAGAUAGAAUAAUCCCAUUUAUUCCUGGUCCCUUGAUGGAAGUCAGCGAAAGCCUCUGUCACAAGCGCCUUGUUGAUUUGGAUGUUUAUCUCAAAGGGCUAAUCCAACUCCCGGACUAUAUCUCCAAGAGUGUGCUAGUGAAUUCUUUCUUCGAGAUAUAUGAUGGUGAUCAAGAAUUCACCAACACCGAAGGAAUUCAGAAAAUACCUAUCCAGCCCCUAAGAAGUCCUCCCAACAUGAUAAUUCUCAACAAGACUGACUCUUCAGAAGGCCAUCCUCAUCACAGCACAAGAAAUUCACAAUAUCAACAAGAUAGAUUGUCACACUACGAAAGAACAAAUUCAAACAAUCGCUCAAACAGCGUACAGAUGCAGCAGCAACAGCGACGGAUGUCCUCAAUGUCAUCUUCGUCAUCAUCUAUGAGAGUAAUUUCAAAUCCUUCAAACAAUGGCAUUCAUUACAUUUCGAAUAGCAGUGUAAAUACCCCAAACGAGCAAACGUCAGAGACUGUAAACAAGAUCAAACUGAAAUUUUACUACAAAGACGACAUUUUUGCAAUCGUGGUUCCCGAAAACAUAGCUUUGGCAAAUUUGCGGAAACUCAUUGUUCCUAGGAUUGACGAGUUCAAUGAGCCCAAUGCAGAUCAGAAACUGAAGCUCGUUCCCAAAAACACAAAUAAUGCAAACCAGUCGGAGUUCCAUCCAGGCGACGUGAUCUCUUCUGACUCCGAAUUAUGGAGUUCCCCCAACUUUUGCGACAAGGGCAAGUUUUUGGUCGUUCUUUAA